AGAAGACAGAUAGACUGACAGACACAACGCUCUCUCUCUCUCUUCCUACACACAAUUGUGAUCCAAAUAGACAAAUAGAAGCAGUGCACAACUACUCCUCCCUCCUCUGUUACACAACACAUACCCCCAUUUCCAUCACAAAAUCCACUUAUUGGGAAAACCAUGAAAAAGAUGUAGUAACAUUCUUUGGUGUAGCAAUGCCUAUCAACAAUCCAAUCCUUGUUCUCACAUCCAUCAUUUUCCUGGCCGCCUCAUCAAUGGCAUUGCCCAGGCCCGGAUUCCUCUACACAAGAUCCAGAGGAACCUGCACUCCUCAGUAUUGGAGCAGCAGGAGCGAGUUGUGGCCCAAGAUGGUUCCCCACAGCUCCACCGUGUCCAACGUUUUCGGGUCGCAGGCCUUGGAGCGCUUCCGCCCCGACCUCACGCUGCUGGAGGCGGCGGCCAGGAAUACCGACGAAAACGUCUUCGCGCAGCUGCUCAAGGAGUCCACGGCGGCGCUGCUCAACUCCUACGCUAGAAAAGGCUAUCCCUACGCCGCCUGGGAGGUCAAGACGCUGCUCAUUCAGGCUCUCGUUUCCGACGCUGCCGCCGCCGCUCUGGCGGAGAGGUUUCUUCAAGCCAAUCACAACUGUGCUUGAUAAAUAAACGAAAAAUAGGAAAGAUGAAAUUAGGAUGUGUUGAAAGCGAUAGUUUGGAUUUUGUUAUCUGUAAUUAUUUGCUUUUUUCUUUUCAUUGUGAUUUAGUACUACUACAAGAUUUAGAUCGGAUUAUAAUUUCUUCA